GUUGAUCAAGUAAAGGAUACCAACUAUUUAUUUUUGUGACUUUCGCGGGAAUUUCAGGAAGUGCGAGAUCGAGAAUCAGGACAUGCAGGAAGAAGGAGAGAACUUAAACAUGGAAGGGGAGGGAUAAAGAUCAAGUAUUGCCAUUGAUUACUCUACUCUUUCUCUACUGCCAGAACCUAUCAGUAUCGGAAGGUUUAUUUGGUGUGUGUGUCACGGUUUUCACAGUUAUCAUGAAUUCAAUCUGCCGAUCUUAUUGUGUGCGCACAAACAUGACAAAUAUGACAUUGACACUGACAGUAUGACAGUAAGUUUGGUGUGGAAACUGUGAAUUAACGUUAGUGUUUCAGUGUUCUUCAGCCUUACCAGUCAAAACCAGAUACUUAUGAAUUAGGAACGGCAAGAAUUUCUACGAACUAACGCCAAUCAUGGAGGAGGACUUUGAGGAUCGAUAUGCUGAUGAGCUGGAUGCGAUGAGAGAAAUGGAGAUGGAUUUUGAAGCCUCUCAAAGAAGUCAAAGUCAAAACAGAGUGGCACCAUCCCAAACCGGAAAACCAUCUCAUGCUCCGCUAACCAACGGCUCUCAAAACCUCAGUAUUACCAAGAGCACUGCAACUACUGGUGGACUCAGCCAGCCCAAGAGCCAAUCAGAUCCCCUCGCUGCUCUGAACACAGAUGGCAAAUCGGCGUCAGCCUCUUCUGGACUUCAAAAUGGUUUCUCAAGAGAACCGGAGGUUGAUGGCCCGGAGAGGAAAGCCAAGAAGCGAGACAUCGAGGAGAUGUUUGGGCCGUUGUCUGACAGUGAAGACGAGUUGGUCAUAGAUGCAGCCCUGCCAACCAUUGCUCCAACAGCCAAGCGUCCCAGAAAACUCUUCCCGGAUGCCAGUAAAACAACAGAGAAAGCCCCCACCUCCCCGCCCCCAUCCCCAACUCCCGAGGAAAAAGCCCUCGCAAAGAUAAUGCUGCACCGGCAGCAGUCGGCAUCUCUGGCCCAGCAGCCCGCGGAACCCACGAGGACGCUCUCCACAAAUAGUGGUCAAGACACCGCCUGGCCGGCUGGGUAUCGCCGGCUGCAGAUCCUGCAACGGGAGCCCCCGGGUCUGUCGGCAAGAAUCACCGGGCAGGACGGGAGGCGGGUGUAUCUCAGGAUGAAGGAGGUUGUCGGUGUAGAGGGUAAAAUGAAGAAUAAGUCAAUCUUCAAGCAGACCCCCGGACACCCCCUUCGCCUUCUUGCAGUGCCCGUAGAGAUGAUGCAAGACGAUCUCGAGAGUGAGAGACACAUGCGACUAGUGAAACAAGCCCAAACCAUCUCAGCAUCUUUAAACGGAGGCCUGAGCAAGAAGCUCGGGACGUCGGCCGGCGAUGAGGCAGACGAUGAGAUGGAGGAUGAAGAUGAUACCGGGAAGGAGGCUGCCACCAAGGAGAAGUCGUCAGCGCUCUGGGUGGAUCAGUACGCUCCCCGACGCUACACGGAUCUACUCAGUGACGAUGGAAUAAAUCGCAAUCUGCUAUUCUGGCUGAAACUCUGGGAUCAUUUAGUGUUCGGGAAAGAGAAAAAACAACGGAAGAAACCGAAGCUGGAACAGCAGCAGAAGCAAGCGGAGGCCAAGAACUUAAAGUUCAAGAACAAGUUCCAACAGGAAGAGCAGCAGGAGGAGCUGGAUGAGAACAAUCGUCCAGUUCACAAGAUCGCUUUGCUGUGUGGUCCACCGGGCUUAGGCAAGACGACCCUAGCACACAUCAUUGCUGGACAUGCUGGCUACAACGUGGUGGAAAUGAAUGCAAGUGACGAUCGCAGUGUUGAAGUCUUCAGGAAUAAACUAGAAUCAUCGACCCAGAUGCAGUCAGUGUUAGUCAUGGAUAGAAGACCCAACUGUCUGGUCAUCGAUGAAAUUGACGGUGCUCCCACGCCCGCCAUCAAUUGUCUUCUAGCAUUUAUCAAAGGUGCUUCGGACAAUAAAACACCAACAGAAGCAGGGCCUGCUACCGCUAAGAAGACGAAAUCAAAGAAUCUGCUGAGGCCGAUCAUCUGUAUAUGCAACGACCCGUAUGUUCCAGCACUACGUCUGCUCAGGCAGCAAGCGUUCGUGACCCAUUUCCCUCCAACCCUCAGCACAAGACUCGCGGCAAGACUCAAUGAGAUAGCAAGAAAUAACGCCCUGCGGACAGACAUGACAGCGCUGAUGGCGCUGUGUGGUAAAGCUGACAAUGACAUACGAUCGUGUCUCAACACUCUACAGUUUAUCCACGGGCAAGGCAGAGUCCUUAGCCUGGCUCUUGUCCAAUCACUGAGCGUCGGCCAGAAAGACCGACAUAAAGGCUUCUUUUCAAUAUGGCAGGAUAUCUUCAAACUCCCACAGCCAAAGAGGAAGCAGUAUGCUAACCCACAUGACGUCGCAGCAGGCAAGGCUAAGAUAGCCACUGCAGCAGACGGUACCCUGGGUCUGGACACCAACAAUCCAACGUCGACGACCGCACGCUUCUACAAUGUGGUGCAGCUGGCUCAAGGGGCUGGCGAUUAUGAUAAACUCAUGCAAGGGAUAUUUGAGAAUUAUUUGGAGAUGAAAUUCAAGGACCCAAGGCUUGAAGCACUGAAUCUUGCCUCUGAUUGGUUGAUCUUCCACGAUCGCCUUGGCAGCGUUGUCGCUCGCAGUCAGAACUACACCUUCUACCGAUACCUUCCCUACGUACCCGUGGUGUUUCAUCUGUUGUUUGCCUCAUCUUUACAGCCCCGGCUCAAGUACCCCAACACUGCCUACGAGAAUUCUGUCAAGCAGACCAGAACUCAGAAUUUACUGAGCACGGUCCUGUCUGAGGUUUCUCCCAGCACAGCUUGCUUCCUGGACCCACGCAUGGCAGUCACUCAAAUCCUACCAUUACUACUCAUCAUACUACAGCCGACAUUCAGACCGGUGAACACCCAGUUAUUCAAUGCUCAAGAGAAACGUCAGAUGAAGGAACUGAUCAACAGCAUGAUAGCCUACAAUCUAACCUACAACCAGGAACGCAGCGCUGAGGGGCAGUACAACUAUGUCCUAGAUCCAAACCUUGACUCUGUUGUGAGGUUCAGCAGCACGCCACCCACCAAACAGAUGACUUAUGCGGCCAAGCAACUCAUAGCUAGAGAAAUCACUUUGGAGAAAAUGAGACGCAGUGAAGCAGCAGUUGGCGGCAAAAAUAGAGAUAUGAAGAAGGGAAGUAAACCGUCUGCACCAGCGAAGAAAGUUGGACCAUCGGCUCAGUCCAAAGUCCCACGACACUUGGAGAAACUACAGCCCAAGAAAGUCCAGGAUGAACCUGAAAAGCCCACUAGAGAUUUCUUUGGCCGUAUCAUCAAGAAAAAAUCGCCGGGGCCUAAGUUAGCUGAUACAGCAGCCAGCACCGAUGGUGUCGAUGCCAAUAAUGACCCCGGAUCAAGCCAGAACAGCAAGGCCGAGGCGAGACGAGAACAGCAGGAACAGCUAGCUGGAAAACUGUGGUACAAAUUCAACCAAGGAUUCACUAACGCCGUGCGCAAGACGGUACGCAUUCAAGACUUGCUCUAAAGUUGAACCGCCAUACAGUGACAUUAUAAAGCCUUUUUACACUAUCGGUCUCGUCUACCUAGUGUUGAAAUCACCACGGGAACUCCGUAAACCGAACCGGGUCCCAUCAAAUGUUGGUAGGCAAGGCAUACCGUUCAAACUACACUGGGCUUUACAUGGGUCAGCUGUAGAGUUUGGAUUUUCUACCCGGGGUGGAGCCUCUUAAUCCUGGCCCUGACCCGCAGCCGAUUUCACGAAACAGUGCGUAACUUACGCCGUGCGUAGGACUUGCGCAACAAGUUUAUUGCGUAGCUGCACAAUAAACUUACGAUCGAUUUCACGAAACGUUGGGUAGCUGCGCAACGUUUUAAAUAAUCUAAACAUCUUGGACGAGGAUAAUGACAGCAUUUACGACGGCUGUUUGUGUAUGAUUUUGUUUGUUCAUAAAACAGACGUUGAAUCACCUCUGCCCGCCAUUUUGGAAAUACUUCCGUUGGACUUUUUUCGGAAUCUUGCGGCAACUCGAAAAAACUGUGUCACAAGUGAAAUAGCAGUUUAUUUACUUCAAACACAAAGCUGUGAGUAUUCUAAGAUGGAAUUUGCAUUGGGGUGACACAAAUUCCAUCUUAUGAACAGUUUGGUUGCGGUACCCG